AUGAGUGUCAUGGAAGAUCUUAGAAAUAUGAUGGAUCAAAUAAAUAUUCAAGAAGGAUUUUGGCUAAAAAUUAUGAAGAAUCACGAAGAAUCGGAAAACAUAACCCCUAGCUUCAGUUGGCAGAACAGAAACAAUGGUUUGGUACAGCCAUCUGUAGCACCUGUUACUGGUCGUAGUAGACAUUACCCCCCAACUUCAAUUGGCAAGACAGAAACCAGUGGCCAGCUACGGCCACCCGUAGCACCUGCUACGGCCGUAGCAGAACACUCCAACAAUACAUACUAUGAACUCUUAUUAGAGCUGCUUUUGAAAUUUUAUAAGGAGAGAGGUCCGAAGAAAGAGUUGAAGAUUGCUGGACACAGACUUAAGCUGACAUCGAGGUACUGGAUUCACGAGUACUUUCCAACUGUUGGGAAAAGAGAAGAGAAUUGGAAACCAACUGAUAAUUGUGCUUGUUAUAUCUACAAUUCAACAUUGAAAAAAAAACUUAUUUCAAGGACAACACUUGCAACCUUUGAAAGUGGAAAUCAAAGGCUACAAAAGCUUCCUAUGGUCAUUGAAGAUAUGAUGCCAUUGCCAAACUCCAUGGAAGGAAUUUCUGGAUCAUCUCUACCCUCCAAUUCUCUCCUCUUGAAUCUCUCUAUUCUCAAAGAAAAGUUCAACCAAGUGCAAACUCUUGUAGGUGUUAUUCUCUCCUCAAAUCAUCAAGACUCAUCAACUAUGGUCAUAUCCAACAUGAACUCAACAAUACAAGAAAUGAUAGUAACUGCCACAUCAAUCAUGUUCACUUGUCAACACAUGGCUCUUAGUUUUCCUCAAGGUACUACUUCUAAUGCAUGCACAAACCUAGAAUUGCAAAAGCCUCAAUCUAAUAUUCAUUCAAACUUUGGCAACAAUAACACAAACCUAGAUCUUAGAGGUCAAAGUCAAAGCUUAUUUUUUAAUAAUGAGUUAGAACCAUUGGAUUGGUUUAGUGAAAGCUAUAAUAGUGUCAGUAACACUAAUUAUAGACUCAAGGAUGAUAUUGAUGAUCAAAGAGUUGAUCAUGAAAUUAGUGAAACCAUUAAUAAUAGUCUAAAAGAGUCUAAUGAAGCUAAUAACCGUGAUCACGAUAAUACGAGCUUAAAAUUUGAACUGUCUUAUACUCGGGUGGAUCCAUUAUAUGACGAUGAGAUAGUUGAAUUGGACGCAUCGGAUUUAUUAGCUAAGUAUACGCAUUAUUGUCAAGUUUGUGGUAAAGGGUUUAAGAGGGAUGCAAAUUUGAGGAUGCAUAUGAGAGCUCAUGGGGAUGAGUACAAGAGUAGUGCAGCAUUGAGCAAUCCAAUUAACAAGAAUAAAGAUUCUUUGAUGAGUAUAAAAAACAAGAAAUAUUCAUGUCCUCAAGAAGGGUGUAGAUGGAAUCAAAAGCAUCUCAAGUUUCAACCAUUGAAGUCAUUGAUUUGUGCUAAGAAUCAUUACAAGAGAAGCCAUUGUCCCAAAAUGUAUGUGUGCAAGAGGUGUAAUCAGAAGAACUUCUCGGUUCUUUCUGAUUUGAGGACUCAUGAGAAACAUUGUGGUGAUCUUAGGUGGCAGUGCUCAUGUGGCACUACUUUUUCUAGGAAAGACAAGCUUAUGGGACAUGUUGGUUUGUUUGUAGGACACCACCCUGUUAUCAAUGGUUUGUCAUAUAAUACUCACACAAAUUAA